GUAAAGGGAGAAGAGUGGAGGAAAAGCGUGUUUACACAGACUGCAAACCGCCUGGGGAAUCAUACGCGAGAGGAAGUCAGCCGGCUCUCUGUCUGCCUGCUCCAACUUCCUGCUCAGAAAAAGAAAAAGCUAGGAUCCUAUUUCAGUCCAGCAGAACUGUGUAGACGACAGUAAGCAUGGAAGAACAAGGGACCAUACGGAAUUUAUCAUAAAAUCUUUUCACAGGAUAAAGAAACAAGAAAUCCCUGGUAUGGACAGUGCCAUCACACUGUGGCAGUUCCUGCUACAGCUGUUGCUGGACCAGAGCCACAAACACCUGAUCUGUUGGACCUCUACGGACGGGGAGUUCAAGCUGCUGAAGUCCGAGGAGGUGGCCAAGCUGUGGGGCCUGCGCAAGAACAAGACCAACAUGAACUAUGACAAGCUCAGCAGAGCCCUGCGCUACUAUUAUGACAAGAACAUCAUCAAGAAGGUCAUUGGACAGAAGUUUGUGUACAAGUUUGUGUCGUUCCCUGAGAUCCUGAAGAUGGAUCCCCAGGCGGUGGAAAUGGGCCUGGCCUCUGGCAGGGUGGCCCUCCAGGAAGUGGAGGCCCAGGAGCUGGAGGAGGAGGAGGAAGAGGAAGAGGAGGCCCAGAGGAAGGCCCUGUCCGCCCUGGGGGCCCAGGCCUGUCGUAACGACUACCUUCGCUCUGGCCUGUACUCCUCCUUCAGCGUGGCCUCCCUGCACAACCAGCCGGAGUUGCUCCGGGCUUUGCGAGAGCACCAGGACGAGGCACGCACCGUCAUCCGUUUCGGCACCAACGCCGGCGAGAGGACCGCUGCUCCUCCCCUGCCCGCCUCCAAGCACGAGCUCUUCCUAUCCGCCAGACCAUCACCUCACCAUCGCCGCUCCCCACCGUCCUCCCCCCACAGCCCCGCCUCUCGGCCCAGACAUGGGUGUAGUCCCGAGGCUGAUCAGGAGGAGGAUGAGGGGACGGACUCCGACCAGGGCGCCCAGCCUCUGAACCUGUCUUCGGGCCACAGGGAGCGCGCUCAGCAGCUGCCAGAGAAGAGGAGCAGCAGUAAUAGUGGAAGUAGUAACCAAGGAGAUGGACUCCCACCCAAAACAAAGAAACCUAAAGCCCUGGAGAUCUCUGCCCACUCCCUGUUGCUGUCAGGAAGUGACAUCGGCUCCAUGGCCCUAAACAGUCCAGCUCUCCCAUCUGGCUCCCUCACCCCAGCCUUCUUCACUGCACAGACUCCCUCAGGCCUACUGCUGGCCCACAGUCCUCUGCUGUCAGGCAUCCACUUCUGGAGCAGUCUGAGUCCUGUAGCCCCACUGAGCCCCGCCCGGCUUCAAGGCCAUGGCUCCCUCUUCCAGUUCCCAAGCCUGAUGAACGGACAUAUCCCCGUCCCCCUGCCUAGCCUGGACGGGUCCCCAUCCUCCUCCCUGCUCCUGGCCCCGGCUUCUCACAAGUCUUGAUUCAGGGUCUUUUAAAAACGUUUGUAUUUUGUAUUUCCUUUUUUCCAUUCCUUAAGUGAAGACUGCAAUCAGUAUCAUCUUCAUUAUAAGCCUAUUUUUGUCUUUACCAUGUGUGCUUUUUAUGAGACUGUUGACCUCACUUUUUUUGCACUUCUAGUUGCUUCAGAUUAAUUGUUGAAAGCACUUGGUAAAAGCCAUAUGCUGGAAUGUCUGGGAGAAUUCCAGCUUGUGAUAAAACUACAGCACAGUUUCAUUAGGACCCCCUGUUCAGGUGGACAGUAGUUUAACGUGGCUAGACUCCAAACUAGCCAAGCAGAGGGCUUGCUUGUUUUAAUCUUGUAAAAAAAAAAAACAUUUCCUUUUUUUUGUAUUUUGUUUUAUGAUUUUUCAUCAUAGAAUGUGAGACUUUUUGUUUCCAUUGUGUGUAUUUUAAUGUAUUGCAUUGUUUGUAUGGACUGUGCUUCUCAUUUCUACCGGCUGUGCCUUAUUCCCCCCCCCCCCCCACCACCCCAUUUCAAAAUUAUUCUUGAAGACGAGAUGUCAAAUCAAUGAGAAAAAGCUUUGUAACAACCUAUGUUUUUAUACUGGAACAGUAUGUAUUCUGUAUAAUUUUAUAUUGAUGAAAAAGUUGUUUUCAAUAAACAAAGCAUUGAAUGCGUAUACCCCG